AUGGCUGCCAACAAGAUCGACGCCGUCCUCGAGACGGCCAAGGCCAACACUCCCGAGAAGUUGUCCGGCGUCUCCCUCUACUCCAGAUUCGCCCUGGCCGGUGCCAUCUGCUGUUCCGUCACCCACGGUGGUCUUACCCCCGUCGAUGUCGUCAAGACCAGAAUCCAACUCGACCCCCAGACCUACAACCGUGGUAUGAUCGGUGGCUUCAAGCAGGUCAUCAAGAAUGAGGGUGCUGGUGCUCUCUUGACCGGUGCUGGUCCCACCUUCGCUGGUUACUUCCUCCAGGGUGCCUUCAAGUUCGGAGGUUACGAGCUGUUCAAGCAGCAGGCCAUCAACUACCUUGGCUACGAGACUGCUGCCAACAACCGUACUCUCGUCUACCUUGGUUCCUCCGCCAUGGCCGAGUUCUUCGCUGAUAUUGCCCUCUGCCCCCUUGAGGCCACCCGUAUCCGUCUCGUCUCUGACCCCACCUACGCCAAGGGUCUCGUCUCUGGCUUUGGCAAGAUGCUGAAGAACGAGGGUGCCGGUGCUUUCUACGCCGGUUUUGGCCCCAUUCUGUUCAAGCAGAUUCCCUACACCAUGGCCAAGUUCGUCGUCUACGAGAAGGUCUCUGAGGCUAUCUUCCAGAGGUUCCCCAAGAGCUCCCUCUCCGACGGUCAGCAGACUGUUGUCAACUUGGGUUCCGGUCUCAUCGCCGGUAUGGCUGCCGCCGUUGUCUCCCAACCCGCCGACACCAUGCUCUCCAAGAUCAACAAGACCAAGGGUCUCCCCGGUGAGGGCACCACCAGCCGUCUGAUCAAGAUCGCCAAGGAGCUUGGUCUCCGUGGCUCGUACACUGGUAUUGGUGCUCGUCUGGUCAUGGUUGGUACUCUGACCGCUGGUCAGUUCGCCAUCUACGGUGACAUCAAGAAGGCCCUGGGCGCAACAGGAGGUGUAGAAAUCUCUUCUGCUGGCAAAUAA